AUGGAGCAAGGCGGGAGUACUGUGGGGUCCCAGGUGCCUGCUGCAAUGGUGUUUCGUCCGACAUACGAAGAAUUCAAAGAUUUUAAUUUGUUCAUUCAACAUAUCGAAUCUUUGGGUGCCCAUAAAGCAGGUUUGGCUAAAAUCAUCCCUCCUGUGGAAUGGAAACCCAGGAGCACUAAUUAUGAUAUGAAGAAUAUUGAUAUGACUAUACCUGCCCCUACUGUACAGAAGGUGGAUGGACAAGAUGGACUGUACACGCUAGAAAGUGUUGAAAGGAAACCGAUGACCGUGAAAGAAUACCGCGCAAUAGCCCUGAGUGAUACGUAUGGAGCACCCACGCACACCCGCCCAGAUGACCUAGAAAUGCUAUAUUGGAACAGAAUAAAAUAUUCUACUCCAAUGUGUGGUUCGCAUGUCGUGGGAACUCUUAUGGAUGAUGAACUACAGGAGUGGAAUUUUUGUGCCCUUGGCAGCAUAUUGGAUGUAGGUCUUAAAAUUUGUGAUGUUGGAUUAAACACUCCAAGACUGAAUUUUGGUAUGUUUAAAACAUCGCUUCCUUGGUGUAUAAAAGAAAUGGAUUUGUAUAGUGUUAAUUAUCUUCACUUCGGUUCCCCAAGAACAUGGUAUUCAAUUCCUCCACAGUACGGUUUCCGUUUUGAAUGUUUAAUGAACGAGGUCUUUCCAAAUACCUCAAAGAAAUGCCCGGCGUUUCUUCGUCACCGAAAGACUUUGAUAUCUCCACAAGUGCUAAAGAAAUACAAAAUACCGUAUAAUAUAAUAACACAAAAAGCUGGCGAAUUUGUGAUAACAUUUCCUUACGGCUAUCAUUCAGCUUUUGAUCAUGGUUUUAACUGCAUUGAGUCCACACACUUUGCUACAACCCGGUGGAUUGAUUACGGAAAGAGAGUUCCUGAAUGCACCUGCGGCAAAGAUUCCAUAACGGUAGAUUUGGACCCUAUUGUGGAGCUUUACCAACCCGACCGCUAUGUGCGUUGGCUGGAAGGAAAAGAGGAGGAGAUACAUCCUGAAGAUCCAAGGUUUGCUGCUACGGUAAACAACCCUUACGCCAACAGGGGCGUUCAGUCCACCGAAGAGAAUUCUCAAAGGGAACAGCAACCAAGGCGACGAAGGAGACGCAGAGAACUUCCAUAUGAUGCCGCAGCGCUGCAAGAAGUGUUGAACGUGGUCGUGGAAAGCGCUGCAUUUCAAGAAAACAACUUGCCAGAAAGGUUCGAUGAUUUUGAAGCAGAAUUGCAAGAAGAGAGUUCGCGACAAAACGAAGAGAAUGACGAUCCCGUUCAAGCCGUGUGGAUGGUUGUGGAUGACGAAUCUGAUGAGUGGCCUAGUGAUCCUGAAUUGUAUUUGCUCAAUGGUGUAUUUUGGUUAGAAAUUUAUAGCAUUUUACUUUGGGAAGUGGGUGGAGGCUUACCCAACAAUAUCCAUAUGAGUCAUCACAGCGAAGUAGCACUGGUAUUAUAUCCUACAAAUGACACUGAAGUUGGCGACAAUGCUAUAUAG